AGAAAACAUGGCUUCCGAGAAGGUGAAGCGAGUCAGUACACUUAUGAAUUGUUUGAGCAUGGAUAUACUGGAAAAGCUUGGUAUGAAACUAAAUCCCAGACAUCCAAUGAAAGAUUUCAGAUUUCUUGCCGGGAAAAUGAAUUAUAACUACGAAAGUGUAAGGAAUUUUGAGCGACAAAAGAACCCGACGGUGUCCCUGUUGUACGAAUGGUGGAUGUCUUCGGAAAGAAAUGGAGAAGUCAAAACAGUUACACAUCUGAUUGAACUUCUAAAAAGCAUGGGAAGAGACGAUGCUGUUAACAUUCUCAGACCCGUCGAAUUUACAGGUAGAUCUAAUCAAAUAGCUAGAGCGUUUUCUCAGAAACAUGCCCAGAAUCAGUAAAUUUGCAUUUAUUAAUAUGAUCUGCAUGGGCAUGUAUGAAGCUAUUACGAAAAUGAAAAAAAGCCAGUCGUGGACAUAAAACUUCGUGAACAUAACUGAAUUGUCUCUCUUUUAUUUUUUACUCAAUCGCUUUUGAUGCUUCUUUCGAUUAGUAGAAAGAAUGUAACCUUUUGGUUCCAUUCGAUUGCGUCCGUUUGUAUACAAACAGCUUCUUAAAUUCUUUCCUGGAAAUUGUCAUCGCCUUGAAACGAAAUUUUUUCUUUAGAAACACCUCCUGAUUGAUUUCUUUUCGAGCCUUGACCUUCAGUUGUUUGCGUACAGAUCCAUUUUCCGCUAAAAGAUCGACUAGUUUACAAUAGCGAACGUUUCAAUCUUUAAGUAAGCUCAUAGCAGCUUUCAUGUGAAAAAAACAUUUCUCAACGAUUAAGGUACGGUGGCUCAGUAGAUGAAAUUAUCUUUCUUAAUCCUUUCACUCCCAAGAUUUAUAAAGUAAUUCUCCAAACUGUCUUCCAUACAUUUUCUGUUGUUUCCAACAGUUUGUUUAUUAUGAUGACAAAGGGAAAAAUUGUUCAAACUUACAGUGGGUAUCGGCAGAUUGGUAAUAAAAGAACAAGCCUGAAAAAAAUGUCAGAACAUAGCAAACUGUUGAUAAAUGUAAGGCCCUAUUUAAAAUGCCAGUCUCAUCUAACUACAGGGUUCAAGGAAUUGAGUUUGAAACAAUGGUGAGGGGACUUCUGGGGAAGUCCUGGGGACAUGAACUUUUCUUUUUAUGGAGUCAAGAUUGGCAUUCCCAAGUGAAGAAGGGGGACUUGGGUAGCUAAUUAGGACAGUGUUGAUGUGAUAUUACCUUCUGCUGGAGGCAGUUAUUUAAUAAAUCUAAUAACAAAUAGUUCCAUUUAAAACAUAUCAAUUGAUAUUAUUUACUCUAGAGUUAUCACAGUAUCCAAGUGGAAAAGAUUACCAGCCCACGCAUGUCACUCUCCCUCCUGAACCACCUUUUCCUAUUGGUGGUAACUUAUUUGGAGCAUAUUCCACUGGAGGUUUGUUAAUUUUGCUCUUGAUUGAAUUUAAGAGAAUAUUUAUAUUUAUAUUCAAAGACAAGCAAAUAGUGCUUUUUAUUUACAACACUAUAUAUAUGUUACUGAUAUUACAUAACAGCCCUAAUAGAACAUUGCUUAAUGUCUCACUGUACAUGCAAGACUAAUUUUACCUACAGGUAUUUACUUCAGAUGAUACUAAAUAAGUUAUAAGCUAUGAUCAUGAAUUAUUAUUGUUAUUAUUAUAUUAUUAUAAGUUAAUCACACUUUGCAAAAGCAAGAGUUUUUCCAAGUAAUUGUCAUUUUGUUUUUUAUUUAUGCCAUUCAGUUUUUUUGAUGAGCAGCACAGAGUUUGUUAACCUCACUAAGAAAGAUGGGAGGUAGCCAUUAAAAGCAUUUUGUUGAUGUGGGAAAUUAGUUUGUCAACCCAGCCUUAAAGUUGUGAUUUUGAAUGUUUUCUUCAGGCAGAAUAUAGAAUGAAGACCACAUAACUACAUUAAGUACUGUACUCAGGGUUUGAGCCAGCCCGCGCCAUUGCGCCAAUCCCGCAAUAAAAUUUAAAAUGUCCCGUCCAAAGCGAGCGAUUUUUGCGACAAAUUUUACUGAAGUAUUUGUGCCCCCCAAAAAAAUUGCAAGAGUUGAAAUUCAACAUAAAUUCGACCAUAAACGGCACAAUUUUUCAAUAAACAAUUUGGUUUUAGCCGCAGAAUUAAUACGCUAACAGCAAUUUUUGUGAAAGAUAAGAGAAGCAAGAUUUAGAUAUUUGUUUUAUCUCAUUUUGACAACAUCGGAAACUGACCAAUCAGAAGCAGUCAUUCCCACGGCUUGUGUAAACAUUGCAACACGAUCUGACAGAACUCGGCUGAGUAAAGCGUUGUUUUUUUUAAACUACAAAAUUGUGAUUCAAAAUAAGACUUUUAGACUUAUCCUGACUCUUCUUCUCCCAAAACCACUUUAGUAGUGUUUCAUCCAAUUCUGAAUACUUUGACAAAACGUUCAAAAUUGCGGCUUUUCCCCCGAAAUUGUUGUGAGAGAGGCUUCAGUGCCCAAAACAGGAUUAAAAAUGCAUUGAGAAACAGACUAAAAGCCAACAGGUUAGAUGUACUUAUGACCAUAGACAUCGAGGGGCCACCUUCUGUGGACUUUGAUUUUUCAUUAGCCCUUGAAGAGUGGGCUAUAAAGAACAGGAGAAUUUUGAAAUCGUGAAAUACUGCUAUUAUAAAUGUACAUGUAAGAUGUUAAUUAACUAAGAAGGAUCUGCAAUGAAAUGUGGAAGCAAGAACAAAUAUGAUAUUGUUAAAAUGAUAAUGGCACAACAGAGUUGUUGGUCUUGUUCUUUUACAAAUAGUCACUUUCUUAAUUAUUUUAGUGGCCAUGAUCAGCUGCUGGUUGUAAGAGAAUCAUACAGUUAAGAGUUUACAGAGAAAGAUAAAAAUAAGCAUGCCACCUUACAAUGUAACUUGUUGCUAUUUCAUUAAAUGUUUAAAAUUUUCCCUAUGCUUAAGCGACCCUAUGCUUAAGCGACCCUAUGCUUAAGCGACCCUAUGCUUAAGCGACCCUCAGAAAUGGAAAAUGUCCCCCCAAAUAUAAUCUAAAGGGACAAAUUGACCCUAAAUAGUCAAAUCCUAGCUCAAACCCUGAGUACUGUCAAAUUUUUUAUACUGCUCUAAAAAAUUCACACAUUAACAUACACAUGUAAAUGAGAGUGAUCUAGUUUUAAGGUGUCAUUCAACAAAGCCAGUCAUUAAUUGACAGGUUUUUUUAACAUAUUCUGUGGUCUAGAUCUGAAAGAAACACGCCCACCUCAAGAGAAUGAAUACCUGUACAAUAACAAUUUAACACCACCCAGGCCAGCAUGUUAUGUUGGGGAUGAUGGCAGUAAGUGUUAUUGGAAAUGCAGUUAUUUGACUGUAUUUUAAAGUUUGAAUUAUUUUUUGAAGAUUCCUACCCACUGAAGAAUUUUUCCUUUUAACCCUUUCACUCUCAAGAUCUGAUUGUUAAUUCUCCCCUCUAGCUGCUACACAUUUCCUUAUAAAAUAGUUACAAGAACUAGAUGUUAAUCAAGGUAGCAACUUCUACCUGGAUAGUUUUUUUUGUAUUCUCAUUACCUGUUUCUUAGAUAUUGUAUGAGUAUUAUAGGGAGAAGUUACAUUUUAAUCACUUCAAGGAGUUGAAGGGUUAAAAGAACAAUACUGCUGACCCUCUAAACUUUCCCCCUCCCCCUGCAUCUCUGUAGAGUUGGUGGGGAUAGGCUUUGUAACUAUGCAAGAAGAUAUGAUGAAAAUGCAGGAGCCAUAAAGUUAGUUGCAUCUUAACUAUACUUCCAUAGAAGGUGAGCUUUAUUUGGUGAAGCUUGUCUUUGGAAACUCUGUUUUAAGGGUGACACUGAACCAACUUCUUAACUCUUCCUCCUAAAUUUAUUAGGACCAGUGAUUCUUUUUUUUAUUUUUAUUAAGCUUUUAGUAUUAUUUUGUGGUAUGCUGUUGUACUAAGUGAGUAAAGUAACAGACUAUUUUGAAUGUUUUAGGAUCUCGUCCUUACCAAGAAAUCAUUGCAAAUGUUCAGCACACAAUGUUCUCUGAUUAUGGAUCCCCUUUAGCUUUGGAACCAAGACCACAAGGUAUUCAAAUAAUGACUUGGAUGGUUUUAUACAAAGCUGUUGCAUUAGAACAAUCACAAGAUGCUUGUUUGAAGGCCCUUGACUCUGAAAUCUAAGGUGCCCAGUUCUUUAAAACUUUUGAUUCAUAAUUUCAAGUUACCUAAGUCAACCAAAGACAAGAUUUGGUGAUGAAACACAAUUAGAUGACUAAUCUUAAAGUUUCACAUCUUUCUUAUGGUAUAACUGCAAUCUACAUAUUAGAUACAUUUAAUGAUAGGCUCCCUCUCACUUUCAUGAACAGUGAAAGCAACGUACAGAAAAAAAUUAAAUGGGAAGUCAUCUAAAGAGAGAAAAAAGGCUCUGAGACUCAUGCUGUUCUUGUUUAUUUGUUUUUGUUUGUUGCUUUUGGUGUGGUUUUGGAUGAAGUCCGCCAUCCUGCAACAGAUCGACAAAAUGGUAAGAUAUUAUUGCCUCUCAAUGUUAUCAUCAUUCAUUAGUGUUUUUCUGUAAUUAUCUGUCAUAUCAAUAAGCAUGCAGAAGGUAAAGGUUUCCAUGUUCAAGAAGUCUGAGUUGUUCUCCUUGUCAAAUGUGAACUAUGUUUCUUGAACAAAAGUUUGAUUAUUUAUGAUGAAAUUUUGGUUUCAAAUAAAGGAUCUGACCUUCAAGAUGGAAAUGUUGUGUUAGAGCCAAGUUCAAUGAGACAACCAAGUACUGCUCCAGAAAGUCCACCACGACCAGGUGAAUAUUUCAAAUGACAAAAUUUAACAUUUAUUAUAACAAGAGACAUGUCAUUUUACUAAUAAAUUGAAAACAGCUGUUAUAGUGUUGUUAGGAGCCAUAGGAGUAAUUGAUUCCUUUCUGUGGCAAAAAUAAUGGAAGGAAAUUUGCAAAAGGAAAUAAAAGCAGAAUGUGAAUAGAGAAGUCUUUUCAUUGGACCAGUUACUGUUUAAUGUGGUGCAAAAUGUUAUUCCCAAGUAUUGUUACUUUGGUUCAUUUGGGUGUGUGGCAGCAGUACACUGCAAAAUAUAUUUGUACUUAAAACCCUUUUGUGUUUUAAAUCUUUUUUAGGUUUUGUAACCUAGUUAUCAAUUUAAGCUGGGUGAUAGCUGGUUCAGGAGAGAAAUGACUAUUUGCAGGGUUGAUAAGCAUUUUCAAAUUUGAUAAACCCUUAAUCCAAUAACCACCCUGUCUUGUGCUUCAAUGUUCUAAAAACCCCUUCAUGGCUUAUUAAAGAGUUUACAUUAUUUUUAAUAUCUGUUGUAUUUUUACAUAAUGAAACAUAUGAAAAGUGGACUUAAUCACUCAAUAUUUCAUUCCCCCAGUGGUAUCAGACAAAGUUGCUCUUGUCAUUGGAAACCAGCAGUAUGAGUGUGGGAAACUAAAAGGGCUGUUCUAUGCUGAAAAAGAUGCAUAUGAUGUGGCACAAGUCCUUUUCACUCUUGGAUUUAAGGUCAGAGUUAGCUCAUGUGUGACAUUGUUUCUUUAAAUGAUGAUUUAGGACUGCAAUUAUCCCAGAACUGUUAAAAAUGUACAAGUCAUGCGCCUCUCUUAGUCAUGGGUUUUGAUUGAUUUUCUUUUGCUAAAUGAUAUUUUUGUACUGAUUUGUAUAUUGUAAAUCCUGCCUGUUGCUACAUGCCAGAUGAUAAAAGCUCUAUGGUUAACCUCUUUCAAUGUAUAAUGUGGUGUGGGUAUGAAUUGUGUCUCUGGGAAAGACACUUGAAACUAACAGUAACUCUCUCCAUUCAGGAGAGCACUGCCUACCAUACAAUUCUUGGUGUUCGUUUGGAGAAUUUGGUAUUGGAUCAACUAAAAAUCCCCAAAUUGAUAUAUUUCUUAAUUCUCAUUACUUUUCUGCUUGACAUUGUUUUUGAUAUUGUAAGGAGAAAUUCUUUCUUGGUUGCCCCCAGGAGUUAAUGAAGGGGUUGAUGACUUCUGCUACUGAAACUUUGGUUUAUGACAUUUGCUUACUGCAGACUGUGAAUUGGCUGACACUGACUGUUAACUGACUGAGAGUAAUUGUGUUUAUAAGAGGUGGCACAAAGAAUACCUGUAUUUUCCUAAGCAUGUGAGAAAGAACAUGUAGCCUAGGAACAAGGUUGAUAAAUUACUUCUUCACCAGCUUGUUUCGCUGGUUGAGAUAACCUCAGAUAUCAUCUUCAUAUCCAUCUCAUCACCAUUUAUUGACACUACCCACAAAUCCACAGUGACUUUGUAUCUCAUUUUGGUCAAUACUGCCAGCACUUAUUGAUAAAAAAUUUAGAUCAAACUAAGCUGCGGAUUUCUUUAUUCUAAUUAGGUUGUGGCUUUGGUGAAUCUUUCCUUGAGUGAGAUGAGGAUUGCAGUUCUUUCAUUUUGCAGACUCUUAGGUGAGUAACUUUCAACUGGUUUCAAUCAUUAUGGGAGUCUCACUAAAGCACUGUCACAACUCUCCACUAAUUGAGCUAAAAAAAUCACAGAAUUUAAAAAUUUUGUUGAUGCAAACAGAAAUUAUAUGUAACUGCAAAAGAAAAACAUAUUGCCUACUAAGAUCAGGUAAUGGUCUUGGAUCAAAAUCUUUUUUAUUUCAUUUUUCUUUUUCAAAUUAAGUUAGGAGAACUCAGUUAUAGUAAAAUGAUAAUCAAAGUACCAUCAUAGCAUCUGGCACUCAGAGCCAUGGCUGAGAGCCAGAAGCUAUUUUAUAACACACUAUAACUGUACUAAACUUUAUUGCAAGUUUGUAAUUUCAAAUCAAUUCUCAUUUGAUUUAAGGCAAGGGUGUUUAUGGAGUACUCUACUAUGCUGGUCAUGGAUAUGAGGAUGGGGGAGAAAACUUUCUUCUUCCAGUUGAUGCAAAUCUGAAGUAUAAUCGUCAAGACAGUCUGCGUGCUCAGGAGAUUCUUGAAACCAUGCAAGCAUGUGAUACAGCCUUAAACUUGUUGAUCAUUGAUUCUUGUCGAAUACGGUAAGAAGUUGUUAGUGUGACUGUUUUGUCUAGAAAUGUUUAACCUUAAGGCUGUAUUAAGUUGUCUGUUAAGUUGUUUGGGGUAAAGUGUUUGUGUUGAAAAGAAAAUAUUUUGUAGUUAGGAGAGAGAAUCAUGAAAUAAAUCAAUUUUACCUUGGGAGUAAUGAGUGAAGUUUUAACAGCCCCAUUACUAUGAACAGGUUACCAAAGAAAACUGGCACUGUUCACUAUUGCAAAAGAGGACCAAAAGGAAAUAAUAUUUUUGCAUAUUCAUGGUGAGUAACUGUCUUUUGGAGAAUUCUUUCAUUUAAAUAGAAAGAUUUCUUUAUUGAUAUAGUUAUGCUAGGCCUAUGAAAAGUUACUUUUUCCACUUGUUAUUCCAACUCUUUCUUUCUGUCAUAACUAGUUUUCCACUUUGGUGUGAAUCUAAAGAAAUGCCAACUCAUUAGUGAAUAUAUUCUAAGCAUAUUCCUGAUUAGACAGUAGCCUAGCAGCAGGCAGUAUGACUGUCACAGAAACUCUUCUCACAAAGAACCUUAACUCCUAUAUUGAUUCACUUGGUGAUUAGUGAUUCAACAUAGAGAUUAGUACCUUUGAGAGCAAGUUUAAAACAGUUUUAUAGAGGGAUAGUGCUUGAUUUUGAAAACAUAAAGGGACUGGCACCAAUCUUUCCCAAGCUCCUCUCAUUAAUGCCACAAUAAUGCAUAAUGCCAUAGAGAGGGAGAGUCUAUGAAUUAGCAACACCUUAUUAUUUUGAUUUAGAAGGGGAGAACUAAUCAUUUUAUCUUGGGUUGUUGUAUCAGUUGUUCCCAACAGGAGGCAUAUGAAGAGCCAAACCAGCCAAAUGGCCUGUAUGCAACACAUUUACUGAGACAUAUCAGAAGAAAUGAGCGAAUUGAGCUCAUACUUAUGGAUGUCGCUCGCGGUAAGACAUUUUGACUCUUAAAUUCUCAAAGAAAGAUGUUCAUCAAUUUGGCACAAUUGUGGGACAAAGAACAAUCUGAGUUGCUAUGACGAAAUGAACCCUGGAACUUCUAAGAACUCUGUUCUGUUUGUAUUUAACAGAUGUUAGCAGUGCAAGUAGCAGAAAUCUGAUCCAGAGACCAUGCCAUGAGAGUGAUGCAGUAGCAGACUGUCGACUCACUGAUCCUAUUGUGCCAGAUUUGCUGCCAGAGGAGUUUGGGGAACGAAUGAAACUCUGGAAUCAGGCUCAUUGUGAGUAGCAGUGGUGCUGUCCAUUUCCAUGUGAAACAGAGAAAAUCUUUUGGUUAAAGUACAAAGCCAUUUUUUUUUUCUUUUUUUCAUCGGAUAAAAUGGAACAAGAUAAGCAUGUUUUUCUUGCAUGCAUUUGGUAUAACCUACAAGAGCCUGGGUUCUGCACUUUGCAACAACAAAUGUUGCUUGCAGAACCUUGGAGCUAGUGGAACUACUAGUAAUUGUUUGGAAAUUUUUCCAGUGAAGGAGACUCUCAUUGAAUUUUAGGUCAAAAUCAGUAGGUUUUCCAUACACAUGGAAAGCACAACAGAAGACUGGAGGAAUGUUUUUAGAGGAUAUGUUACAGGAAGGGUAAAGGGGUCAGUGGAAAGGUAUCAGAGGAAAGGGGGGAAGAAGAGGUGGGCAAUAAGAACACUUGUGGAGUAGGAGAUUAUUGUCCAUACCCCCCCCCCCCUCAAGUGGUAUCACACUUUUUGAAUUUUUCUUGUUUCACAAUUUCUGCAGAUCUUCCAGAUGAAAUCCCACCAAUUGACCAAGAUGGACUGGUCAUAUCAUUUGAAUGCAGACCUGUGUUUUCAAAUGUUAUGGAAAUUAAGAUCUCUGCUCAUAAUACAAAUCCUCUUCCACUACAAGAAGUUGUGAUGGAUCUACAAGUACCCACGGUAAGUUGCAAACUCAGUGUUACUCUUGAACCUCAAACAUUUCUUAGAACAGUUUUUGUUGUUAAUUGAUCAAUCAUGAUUAAUUGAUUGGUUGAUUGACUGAGUAGGUGAUAGGAUUAUAGAUUGAUUGAUUGACAGAUACAUUGAUUGAUUGACUAAGUAGGUGGUAGGGUGAUAGGAUUAUGGAUUGAUUGAUUGACAGAUACAUUGAUUGAUUGACUAAGUAGGUGAUAGGAUUAUAGAUUGAUUGAUUGACAGAUACAUUGAUUGAUUGACUUUUUUUUUUGGGCCUUUGAUUCAUUGACUAAUUAAUCACUGAUUUUCAGGUGCUAUAGUUGGUUUAUAAGUCAGACAUAGCAGAACUCAAGCAUCUGCCGAAGCAAUAUGGAAUCCUAAUACCUAAGUUUAGACAGCACCAUGUGUAACAGAAAAAAGCCAGUGACAAACUCCUUAUGCAAGGAGUAAACCAGCUCUGAUUGUCAGUAGAUUCAAAAGUAGUUAUGAUUUUCAAAAUUUGAAGGUGUGAUUAGGGAUCUCUGUUUUGGAUUUGUUUGCAGCCUGUCAUGAGCAAAGUUCGCCUUCUCUCUGGUGAAUUCCUGGGUGAAAAUGGAGGAGUUUUAGAACAAGUAGUACAGUUGUCUAGACUACAAAAGUUACUGGUAUGUGCUCUAUUUCUAAUAAUCUUCUAUAUAAUCGAAAGUGCGCUCAGUUUACAUACUUAGCUGGCCUAUUCAUCCAAAAGGGGUGGGUUAGUAGACUGCCCCUGUCACCCCUCCCCAGGUUUUGGUUACGUUCAGGGUGGAUAAACACUCUGCACUGGACUAAUUUCUACUCAAUGCCACUUCAUUAUUAGUUGUAAAUGUUUGAUUGAAGUUUACUUGGUGAAGCUCAAACAAAGAAGGUUUGUUUGAAUCAGGGCUGAUUAAAGUGGGAAAACAAUCAAUCUUUCAGCCGGAUAUAGGGUGAGGGUUUCAAGAAACAUACCUUACCCCUCCCCCCCCUCCUCGCUCCCGACAGCCGAUUUUUUUAAAUUUUUUUUUUCAAACUCUUUUUUCCUUGAGUUGUUUUAAGUUCGUAUCCGACAGAAUAACAGAGAACGGCUGGAAACUGGAAUUUAGGAUGAAGAAAUUGCACACAAAAAUCUGAAUGUCCUCUUUCUCUCACUCUCUUAACGUGUAGGAUCCUCUAGUGGUGACAUUUAAAAUGUAUUACCGAAUGGGAAACGAAGUGCGUGACUGGGAAAAGACAGUUCGCCUUGGCUGCCCGCUGGUCUCGUCCGUGUUUGUUCAAUGGGACUGGUGGAUAACAUGCGGCAGAUUGCCUGGAGUGAAAUGUACCCAAGUUUAAAUUUUCACGUGGUUUUCACAUCACGUGUCUCGAAGGCUACCUGACAUUCAGGUCACAUGACAAGCUGGAUGUGAGGCUGGAUCUGUCGCUGAAAUGGGUCCCUUCGCUAAAGAAAUCUGAAGAAGUUACCUCUUGGUAGAAAAGGAGGGACCGAGAACCUUGAUGAAAAUCAUCAAUCACGGCGGGUGGGGGAAAAGAGAGGGUAUACGGUGACAACAGUCUUAACUGGACUGGUAAAGAUGAUUAGGUUUCCGUGGAAAAACUGUUCAGUAUGUACUCGACAAAAAGCGUUGCCGUGACUCAAGAAGAAACUAGCCAACAGCAAACCAAACUGUAUUUUACUGCGAGAAAACCUAAGUGUCGUCGCCUACCAGAAAUCCGAUUGUUGAUUUUGUAUACCAGUCAAAACGUUUCCAGUCGAGCUUCUUAUCGCUUACCGGAGACCUGAUCGUUGAUUUUGCAUUCCAGUAAAGAUUGUUCUUCCAUUUCCCCCUCGUUUCACUUCUGCCUACCGAAACAUAAAAGAUUUCUGAUUUUCCAAAGUUUGAUGUUAAACGAAGACCAAGAAUGAUUUUGCUCUGCAAAAGAAAGACCCUUUUCGACAUUCGCUUUUGCAAUAAAAUUAAUGAUGACUAUGUCAUCGCUAUUUGAUCAUUUGGUCUUGCUGUAAUAAAAUGCAGCUCAGGGAGCCACGCCAAGGUGGUCAAAUGGCUUUUAGAAGCCGUAAAGUGUGACAGCUGCAAGCUUUAUUCUAGAAGAAGGCUCAGUGGGCCCGUUCAGGUUUUGUUGGGCCCUUUCUCGUGAUAGGGGCCUAAAAAAGGGGGCUACCCAAAGAGGUCUUCAAAUUCGCCUCAAGAGUCUUUUCCGUGAGAAAACAAAGAAGAGAUAAGCAAUUGAGACAUGAAGAGGCUAUGAGGUUUGAAAAGAAUUUAAAUAUGAGCUGUUAUAUUAAUCCUGAUGUAAGUUAUAUUUUUGAACAGAUAAUUUAAAAAAGUACCCGGAAAGAGCCUUUUGCGUCUUACUGGCGCAGAAACGCAAAUUUUAUGCGGUAAUUUUCCUCAAAGCCGCGCACUAGAAUAAACCCUGCAGCCGUGGGAGCUUACUAGCACUUUGUGGUGUGUUUCCCAGAUAUUGUGUUGUUGAGUAAGAAUUGUUCAGAGCCUUUUAAAUUUCUUUUAUUUUCCAUUUGAAUUGCAGUUGUCACUAAAUAACUAUCAAAAUAUUGAGAUGCGGCCUGAUGCGAUAUACUGUUUUU